AUGAAAACAUCACUAAUUUUGUUUAUUAAUUUUCUGGCAUUAGCUAAAGCCGGUAUACUUGUUAAAAUACCCGAUGGACGAUUGAGAGGAAGAAUAGAACAUUCCAGCAGGAAUAUCUCCUUCUUUGCCUUCCAGCAAAUUCCAUACGCCAAACCCCCGAUUGGGAAACUUCGAUUUAAGGAUCCGAUACCGGUGGAUAAAUGGAAUGGAGUGCUAGAUGCGACCAAAAACACAAAAUUUUGCUACCAACAAACCAAUCUUUACAACGUUCAGAACUUGAGUCGAUUCGAAAACGAAGAUUGUCUGUAUUUGAAUGUCUACACGCCAGUUGACCCAUCAUCAAAUGCCAGUCUACCGGUAAUGUUCUACAUUUAUGGCGGUGGAUUCGUCAGCGGGGCGUCGAAUUUCGAGUUUUUCGGGCCCCAUUAUCUCAUGGAAAACGGGGUGGUUGUCGUUACGAUAAACUACAGAGUGGGGCCUUUCGGAUUUAUCAGUACUGGCGAUGCGGUAAUACCGGGAAAUUUCGGUUUGAAAGAUCAGUUGCUGGGAUUGCAUUGGGUCAGAGACAACAUAGCUUAUUUCGGGGGCGAUCCGAAUAAAGUAACGAUUUUCGGACAAAGCGCCGGCGGGGCCUCCGUUGGGUUUCACCUCAUAAGCAGGAAAUCCAAAGGUUUAUUUAGGGCCGCCAUUUCUCAAAGCGCUUCUAUACUAUCCCCUUGGGCGUACCAGAGAAUAUACAAAGCACUGGCUUAUAGAGUAGCCUUUUAUAUCGACAAUAACUUCGAUAAAGCUUCUACUAGCGAAGAAUUGUUAAAGUUUCUUCAAGAUGCUCCGGCCAGCGAGAUAAACAAAGCCGGACGGGAUAUACCGUCGGGCUACGAGCAAAUAACCGAUGGGUUUCUGUACACCCCAGUGAUCGAGGCCGAAAGCGAAACAGCUUUUAUAACCGAGAGGAUGUUUUCUGCACUGGAAAACGGACACUUUAAUCGUGUUCCUCUUAUCAUUGGUAUUUGCUCUGAAGAAUCCAUUACAACAGCUUCGAAUAUGGAGGAUUUUCUAAAGCGCGUGAAGCAAUUCGACGAGGAUGUGAGCAAAUUGGUGAACCCCAAUAUGCACAUAGAAGACAAAGAAGGUGAGAUUCCUGCCGGGAAUGCCAUAAGGAAUAUCUACACCAAUGGCACGUUGCUGCAGAACAACUUGGGCAAGGCAGUUAGAUAUUACAGCGACACUUCUUUUAGUAGAGGCGUAAUCGAACACGCCCAAUUGCAAUCGAAAUUCAGCGAUGUGUAUUUUUAUCAGUUUUCUUAUUAUGGGAAAAUAAUCGGUGAUAGACCGAAUGUUCCAGGAGCUGCUAGAACAGGGCAUUCCGAUGACAAUUAUUUCAUUUGGGCAACUGGAAAUUUAACAAAUCUGGAUAGUUUUCCACGAUCUGAUGUUGUAACAAGCGAAAGAUAUAGAGCUUUAUUUACGAAUUUUGCUAAAUAUUUGGACCCCAUACCGGAGGAAACGAAAUUAUUAAACGUUAAAUGGCCCAAAGUGCAUCCGGACAAAUUCCAAUAUAUAGAUAUCAAUGAAACUUUAACAAUUAAAAUAAAUCCUAAAGGGGAUGUAUUUCCCGAGUGGGUUGAUGUUUAUAACAAAUAUGCUAUAAAACCGUACGAUACAUUUUAG